UAAAAAUAAUAUUUAUAUCAAAAAAUACUGUACCUGAGGAUACGAACUGAAAUAUAUUUUUUAAUAAAAACGUUCUUCGUAUCAAUAUGAGCAAAAAAAAUAAAGACUCGAUUGAAGAAAAAAAGCCUAUUGUUAUAAAAAAUGCAACAGAUCUUCAAAGAUUAAAACUGGAAAAAUUGUUGAAAAACCCUGAUAAACCAGUAGUGAUACCAGAGGGGCCCAAACAAAAGUCUUUAGCUCCUCCUCCAGAUUUUGUUCGAAAUGUUAUGGGAUCUAGUGCAGGAGCUGGUUCUGGAGAGUUCCAUGUAUACAGACAUCUCAGAAGAAAAGAAUAUGCUAGACAGAAAUUCAUACAAGAAAAAAGUGAAAAAGAAAAGCUUGAUGAUGAAUACCAUAGGAAAAUAGAAGAAAAUAAAAGAAUUGCUGAUGAGAAAACAGCAAAAAAAAGAGCUAAACGGUUAAAGAAGAAGCAAAAGGCAAAGAUAAAAGAAAAACGACCUAAAACUACUAAUAAUUCUGAAUGUAAUGAUUCUUCACAGUCGGACCAAGAUGAUGAAGAUGUAUCAUCCAAUGAACAUGAAAAUAAUUCCAUUGCAUCAAAGGAAGUUUCAUAAAGUUUGUAAUAUUAAUAUAAUGUAAUGAUAAGAUAUAAAUAAAUACAUUAUUUUUGACAAUAAUCUUAAUCA